CUGAGUGUGAGCACAAGAUCCACAGCCCCAGUGGGACCCUGAGCAGCCCUAACUGGCCAGACAAGUACCCCAGCCGUAAGGAGUGCACCUGGGACAUCACAGCCACGCCGGGACACCGAGUCAAGAUUACCUUCAAUGAGUUUGAGAUCGAGCAGCAUCAGGAAUGUGCUUAUGACCAUCUGGAGGCUUUCGAUGGAGACAGCGACACGGCAGCCAUCUUGGGCCGCCUGUGUGGCAGCAAGAUCCCUGAGCCUCUGGUCUCCACCGCUAACAAGAUGUACCUCCGCUUCAUUUCUGACGCCUCGGUGCAACGCAAGGGCUUCCAAGCUACACACUCCACAGAGUGUGGCGGUCGUCUGAAAGCAGAAGCUCGUCAGAAGAACCUCUACUCCCACUCCCAGUUUGGAGACAACAACUACUCCGGUCACACUGACUGUGAGUGGCUGCUGACAGCAGAGCAGGGCUACGGCAUCGAGCUCAGCUUCGUAACGUUUGAGGUGGAGGAGGAGGCCGACUGUGGCUAUGACUACAUCGAGCUGUACAACGGAUACGACGCCAACUCACACCGACUGGGUCGCUUCUGUGGUUCUGGGCCCAGAGAGGGGAUUUACUCGCCCGGAGACACUAUGCUGAUCCGUUUCCAUAGCGACGACACAAUCAGCAAGAAGGGCUUCCACAUCCGCUACACGAGCACCCAGUACCAGGAGAACCUUCACGCCAGGAAAUGACUUCAGACCGUGACCUCUGGCCUCUGCGCAGCCCCGCCACCGUCACCCCGACCUUCACCACGGCAUCGAGAACAGAACAGCUCGUCCCCUCUCCUCGGACCAGAUGCGGACGUUGGCCAGCCGCCAGAGGAAGACGACUCUCAAGUGAAUAUUUGUCUCCCCCUCUGGCUCCGCGCAGGUCAUCGCACUCUGAGACGAGACGCGACGAGAUAAAAAACAAACCUGGGGGAUUACGCUGGAGGCUGCGCGAGCCACUUUCACGGAGGAGAUGGUUUUAUGACUGCAUAUCAAACUACCCUCGCGCAGCGCAGAAAGAGGGCUGCGGGAGAUCCGAAUCAGUUUACUGAGAUACUCAUGGUUGCACAGACACAAACAAAAAAAACCAAGCACACACACACACACACACACACGCACACACACACACACUAGGUUCAUAUUCAGAAUUAUAAACCAUGGAUGCUAAAGACACUAAAGACCUGAAAAUGCAUCCGAGGAGGGAGUUUGGAGUCUUUCCUGACUCCUUGAUACUUACUGUGAUCCGACCGCUUACACCCACAGUGACUCAAAAGAAACUGCUGACAGACAUUUUUAUUGCCUUUGAUGCCGGGAACUGGUCUCUUCAACCCAGCUCAGAAUGGCUGCAGAUUAUUUUAUUUCAUGUCUUUGUAUUAUAAAACCUAUUGUGUUUACUGUAUGUGUGUGUGAGAAAAGAACAAACAAAAAGGCUCACGUCCAUCCUUUUCCCCCCCAACCUUGUUUUUUUUUUUUGUUUUUUUUUGCUUAAAGCUUAUGCAGACGACCAUUGUGCGAUGGAAAGAAAAUAAAAAAUAAAAAAAUGCAAAUGGAGACUUUCCAAAUGAUCUGUGAUGUUGAUGUUAAGCCUUGCAUUAUGUUGUGAGUGUUUUUUGCACCAUCUUGUAACAAACCGAGCGUCUUUCAUGGAUGUUUCCAGUUUCUUCUCCUCCACAGUAAACUUUUUUUUUUUUUUCUCUUUCCAGUGGAUAUCAGAAGGGAAUAUUUUUUACAGCUGUCUCUGGGAAGCAAGCGAUGGAAGGAGAGACUCCCAUGGUGCUAAAAUAAAAAAUACACUGAAUGACUGAAUGAAGGUUUUCAAAUGGAGACACAGUCAGCGUGCAAACAGCACACUGCAUCAACAGCGCUAGUCCUGUGGAACUACAACUUUGCCUUAGAACCAAAUGUAUCGGCUCCUAUGCUCUUGCACAGGUAUCUUGUGUCAGCGGAGUGUAUUUUGAGGUUUUUUGGCAGCAUAUUUCAUUUGUUUGGAGAUACUGAAUGGUUUUAUUGUUAAAAAACAACAACAACAACAACAACAAAAACCAUGACAAAUGUAGUCUGUGCGUGAGAUAGAGUGUCUACAGUGCAUGUGUGUUUGUGUCAUUUUUGUAGCUGCUCUCAGAGAUGCAUACACACAUCCACAAAUACGCAAAAACACACCUCAUGUUUUAGUGCAAUUUCCCGACCACGUCCGAACGUUUCCUUUCUGCACAUUUGGAGCGCGAAUAAAGAGAGAUAAAAGAGAGAGAGAGUGCUGUAAAGUGGAACGAAUAUCAGCUGCGAACAAGCCGCAGUGUUUCUGUGUUAAAUGCAAAACGUGUAAGUGUGUGUUUUACGUGAUUAUAGAGAAAUAUGUGCGUGUAUGUCUGUAAGUUGUAUGUGUUUAAGUUGAUUUAUUCAUUGCUGUAUGUGCCAAGCUCCAGGUGACCCUGAUUCCACUGUAGUCAUUGUUUUAUCAUUCCAGCUCUGGGUCUGUAGUUCAGAGACAUUGACAUGACAUCCUCUGCAUCAGUCAUUAAAAUACACACAGGUUAAAACGA